GCGGGGCCGGCUCUGCUGCUGCUGCUGGCGGCGCGAGGCCAUGGAGGCUGCUGGAGCGGGAGGCGCGCAGGGUGAGCCUUCUCGGGGAGCCACAGGGGCAACAUCAUUGGUGGAAGUGGGAACAGAUGAUACAGGUCUUAUCCCUUUGAGAGAGAGUUCUGAUCCCUCCUCAGGAUCUUUGUCUCCCCGGAAAGCCAAAACCAGUUUAGGAGGAACAGGAGAGAGUCUACCAGCCUCUGGCAGAAAUUGUGAUGAUGGAGCUCGAAUACAGACGACUGGCAGUGGUAAAGAAGCCAGCGGGGUUUUGCCCGAAUUGGGGGCUGUCUCGGCUGGUUCAAAUGCCAGUCCCAGUCCAGGGAAUAAAGGUCUGCCAGGCCAUGCGGCCAAGACUUUUCCAUCAUCCCCUAGCAAAGCAGGCGGACCCAGCCGAGCAAAGAUGUCUCUCACUGGAACCAGCAAGUCCCCCACAUCUGUUCAGAGCCUGGCUAUGCGCCUGUUGAGCAUGCCUGGGUCACGGUUGCCUGGGGAUGCUGUGACUCCCUCCAUUGAAGCUUCGCCACCAGCUCCACCGCCUGCUCAAGCUCAGACUCUAGCCUCUCCAGCUGAGGAGACCAAACCAAAGGUUCAUCGGGCCCGGAAAACCAUGUCUAAGCCCAACACUGGGCAGAUCCCCGAGAAGAGAGUUUCUGAAAUGCUGCACUUUCGAGUCUCAGAUGACCUAAGGAGCAUCACGGAGCCAGAAGAGCCUGCCAAGCGCCGGAAGUAUGACUACAUGACUGAUGUGAUGCACAAGAGAAUGCCCCUCUCUCUCCAGCGGUCAAGUCCCAGAGCCACUACUGAGAUCACAGUGACGGAGGAGAUGGCUGCUCCCGCCACAGCCUCACAGGAGGAGAGAUCGCAGGAGUGGGAGACAGAAGUGGGGGAUGACUUCAGCCUCUACUAUGACAGCUAUUCUGUGGAUGGCCAUGCUGACUCGGACAGCAAGUCUGAUGCAGAUGCUGCAGAAGAGCAUAUGAGUGAGGAGGAGGAGGAAGAAGAGGAGGAGGAGGAAGAGGAGGAGGAGGAAGAAGAUGAUGAUGAGGAUGAAGACGAAGAGGAUGAAGAAUCGGGUAACCUCUCUGACAGGAGUGCUGCCUCCAGCUCCAGGCGAAAGGCCAGGAAGCGCUGGCGGAAUGACAGCCCCUGGGUGAAGCCAUCCCGUAAACGCAAGCGCAAGGAGCCCCACCCCAAGGACACCAGAGGACUGAACGGUGGCCCUUCAGCCACCCAGAGUGAGUACACAGAGGUGCCCCUUGGUUGUCUGGAGCUGCCCAACGAGGGGGCACUCUCCCCCAACAAUGCAGGGGUGUCCAACGAGACCAGUUCGCUGGAGACGGAGCGCUUUGAGGAGUUGCCCCUCUGCUCCUGCCGCAUGGAAGCCCCCACCAUCGAACGCCUCAGUCAGCAGGCUGGAAACCAGUGCAUGGCGACAGAAAGCGCAGACGGGGAGCUUAGUGGCUGCAGCAGCAGUAUCUUGAAGCGGGAGACAAUGCGUCCCUCCAGCCGGGUUCCCCUCAUGGUCCUGUGUGAAGCACAUCGAGCCAGGAUGGUGAAACACCACUGCUGUCCAGGUUGUGGCUACUUCUGCACUGCGGGCACUUUCCUGGAAUGCCACCCUGACUUUCGAGUGGCUCACCGCUUCCACAAGGCCUGCGUGUCGCAGCUCAACGGCAUGAUCUUCUGCCCGCAUUGCGGGGAAGAUGCUUCUGAGGCCCAGGAGAUCACGAUAGCCAAGGCGGACACCUCCACUCCAGUCCCCGUUCCACCAUCGCAUGGGCAGGGAACCUCCGAGUCCACAGGCCGCGCUGACACAACCCAGCCCAGUGCCCGGAUGAGGGGAGGGUCUAGCAUAGAACCCUCACUGGAAGAUGCGCCCGGUCUUGGGGGCCCUGGAAUCGACAGCGCGGGUCCACGUCUGAUGCUGCCUAAUGGGGCAGUGCUGUCUGCACAAGGUCUGCCUGCAAGUGCUGGGCGUGAACAACUGGAGCGUGCCCUAGUGGUACAGGAAUCUGAGCGACGCAAGAAGCUGCGAUUCCACCCUCGGCAGCUGUAUCUCUCCGUCAAGCAAGGGGAGCUCCAGAAAGUGGUGCUAAUGUUGUUGGACAGCUUGGACCCCAAUUUCCAGAGCGAACAGCAGAGCAAACGUUUCCCACUGCACGCUGCGGCACAGAAAGGGUACAUGGAGAUCUGUCAUGUUCUACUGCAGGCCGGUGCCAACAUAAACACGGUGGACAAGCUACGCCGGACUCCUCUGAUGGAAGCUGUUGCAAACAACCACGUGGAGUUAGCACGUUACUUAAUCAAGAGAGGUGGUUGUGUUUACACCAAGGAGGAUGAUGGUUCCACAUGCCUCCAUCAUGCUGCAAAGAAUGGGAACGUUGAGAUGGUCAGCUUGCUGCUCUCCACAGGGCAAGUGGAUGUUAAUGCUCAGGAUAGCGGGGGAUGGACCCCUAUUAUCUGGGCUGCGGAGCAUAAGCACAUUGAGGUGAUCCGCAUGCUGCUCACCCGUGGAGCUGAUGUCACCUUGACUGACAAUGAAGAGAACAUUUGUUUGCACUGGGCCUCCUUCACAGGAAGUGCAGAGAUUGCUGAAAUCCUGCUGAAUGCACAAUGUGAUCUCCAUGCGGUCAAUUUCCAUGGAGAUACGCCCCUGCACAUAGCUGCCCGGGAGAGCUUCCAUGACUGUGUCCUCCUGUUCCUGUCGCGCGGGGCUGACACCGAAGUGCGGAACAAAGAAGGGGACUCACCUGUGGAUCUGACCUUGGAGAAUUCAGAGGUGUGGUUUGCCCUCCAGCUCAAUCGCAAGAUCCGCCAAGGCAUCCUUAAUCGUUCCGUUCGCACAGAACGCAUCAUCAGCAGGGACGUUGCCCGUGGCUACGAAAAUGUGCCUAUCCCUUGCGUCAACUCUGUGGAUGACGAGCCGUGCCCAGAGGAUUACAAAUACAUCUCUGAAAACUGCGAGACUUCCACCAUGAACAUUGAUCGCAGCAUCACCCACUUGCAGCAUUGCACCUGCCAGGACGACUGUUCCUCCAGCAACUGUCUGUGUGGGCAGCUCAGCAUUCGCUGCUGGUAUGACAAGGAUGGUCGUUUGCUGCAGGAGUUCAACAAGAUUGAGCCGCCCCUGAUCUUCGAAUGUAACCAGGCCUGCAGCUGCUGGAGGAACUGCAAGAACCGUGUGGUGCAGAGCGGCAUCAAGGUCCGUUUGCAGCUGUACCGCACUGCCAAAAUGGGAUGGGGCGUCAGAGCACUGCAGACCAUCCCCCAGGGAACAUUUAUAUGCGAGUAUGUGGGGGAGCUUAUUUCGGAUGCAGAAGCCGACGUGAGGGAAGACGACUCCUACCUGUUCGAUCUAGAUAAUAAGGAUGGUGAGGUGUACUGCAUCGACGCACGCUACUAUGGCAAUGUCAGUCGCUUCAUCAACCACUUGUGUGACCCCAACAUCAUCCCUGUACGGGUGUUCAUGCUGCACCAGGACCUGCGUUUCCCCCGCAUCGCCUUUUUCAGCAGCCGAGACAUCCGGACUGGCGAGGAAUUGGGAUUUGACUAUGGUGACCGCUUCUGGGACAUCAAGAGCAAGUACUUCACGUGCCAGUGUGGCUCAGAGAAGUGCAAACACUCAGCGGAGGCCAUUGCCCUGGAGCAGAGUCGUCUGGCCCGCCUGGAGGCCCAUCAGGACCUGUUGCCGGAUGCCGGUGGCCUCCCUUCCUCCCAGGCUUAAGCCGGGCCCAGCUGCCAAUCCCGAACACUGGGGUCUUCCCGCUUCUUCCACCGGCGCGUGGUUUUAUUUCUGGGCAGACAAGGGUGUGUCAGAACACGGCAGCAUUCUUGUCUUCUCCCUCAGGAGUUCCUGCUGGGGAGAAAAAUGGAGUUCCAAAGAGAGAGAGGGGAGUGAAAGAGAGAACUUCCCUUAGAUGGAAACUCUUUGCUCAGAGAAAAAAAGGGAUAAGUAUCUGGGCUUGGAUGGCCUCUUCCUCCCGCUGAGCAGGUCUGCAUAGCUUGAGACCCCCCGCUCUACGAACCAGCUGUGUACGAUGGCCUUCCAGGGCCUUGACAACUCCUGCUCCCUGAGGCAGGCACCAAAAACAAGAGGUCUAAAAUGUCCCUAGUGGUUUGCCAUACACAAGCUGCCUUUGACUGGGGGUGGGAUGACACAUCACAAGCUGUGCAGGCACAACCUAGAAUGAGGAUGGAUGGUUACAUUCAAGAUGGUGCUGCUUCCUGCUGAUGGAACAGUGUGUGUGUCUGCUUUAUGUGGGAGUCAAGCUAGAUAAGAAGGAAGUCACCAAUCUCUGUUCAUCUUUAAAAGCUCAGCCAUAAGGGGCGAGGGGGUCUUGGUUUAGAUCAGGACCACAUGGGGGAGGGCAGGUUGAACUUGUCCACUCUCAACAUGUUUUUGCUAAUCCAAACCACCACCAUCACCCUUUGCCGGUUUAGAGGCAACGAAACCAGUGUGUGUCCAAUUUGGGGCUUUUAAAGACUAAUGGAGAUCCGUAAUCUCCGUCACAUCUAGUUCAUGCCCCUACCAUCUGUCCUUCCUUGUUGGUGUCUGGGAAACCCUGUAUGUAUGUGGACUUCUUCUCAUUUUGGGCCAAUUAACUUCAGCUUUUUCAUAACAAAAGAAUAAAUUUGAAAUUGGAGCGAAGAAUUCUUCAUGUUUCUCUGCAAGCCUCCACUUGGGAUUCGGCGCUUCUGUUUUCUAGCUACAUCCCUUUCCCUUUUCUUGGAACAACAGAAGUCUGGUUUUGAUUCAAGGGGGCCUCCCCCCUCUCUUUCUCUCUAUAUGGGUUUUCAUUUUGUGUUUUGUUCUUUUAAAAAACCCUAUAAUUUUUCUGGGGGCCAUAAAACAAAUAAAUGUUGACAACUGGUGAUUUUUUUUAUAGAAACAAAA